CAGAAACGACACCGUCGCGAGAAAGUGUAGUCUAUAUAACGGAUCCAUCAGCAGCCAAGAGGUACGAACUCGGGCGCUUCUCAAACUCCAAGCAAUUCGACCAGAAGUUCAGAAAUCAAACGUCACUCUCUCAAACAAUGGAAAGCGAAGGCCGAGAACCCAAUCCCAACGACGACAGCCACCCCAACAAGGACGAUGACGGCGGCAGAGAAGCCAUAAUCACGUCCUUCCGCGAGAUCACCUCCGCGACCAGAGAGGAAGCCAUCUUCUUCUUAGAGAUCCACAAAUUCGACCUCGACGCCGCCGUUUCGACCAUCCUCGACGACGUCGUCACCACCACCAACAACAACAAAGAUAACGAUAACAAUGAAAAUGCUAACGAUGAUACUGACGCCGUCGUCACGCAGUCGCUGCCGUCGGAUCCGGAGUCGCCGGAGUACUGUCCCACGCCGUCUAGGUCCCGGUCUCCGUCGCCGUCACGGGCUGCGUACGAGCUCCGGUCGCGGCGGGAAAAGAAGGAGGAGAAGAAGAAGAAGAGGAAGAACGACGGACCGUCGCACGGAAGACGUAGUACACGUGGCAACGUUCGUACGCUCUCGGAUCUGAAACGGCCAGCUCGGGACGAGUCCGAUAGCGACGACUCCGAUGAGCCUCAGGAGUACUACACCGGUGGCGAGAAGAGUGGAAUGCUUGUCCAAGAUCCCACCAGAGGCAAUGAUGUGGAUGCAAUCUUCCGUCGAGCCAAACAGGUGGCUAUAGAACCUCCUGAUUACCUUCAACCAUCUUCAAGCUCUAAAAGUUUUACUGGAACAGCUAGAUUACUCUCUGGAGAGACGGUGUCAUCUGCACCUGAGCCCCCUGAAGUUGUCACCCACACCAUCACUUUCUGGAGAAAUGGGUUCUCCGUGAAUGAUGGUCCUUUGCGGAGGUUAGAUGAUCCUGAAAAUGCAUCCUUCUUGGAGAGCAUCAAGGACUCCAAGUGUCCAGAGGAGCUUGAACCCGCAGAUAGGAGAACUUCUGUACAUGUUGAUCUCGAGAAGCGGGAUGAAAACUAUCCUGAGCCAGCGAAGCAAGUGAAGCGCUACAUACCUUUUGAGGGAGUGGGAAGAACUAUAGGUAGCAGCAGCACCACCGCCCCUGCUGCCUCCGAACCCACCGAUGCUGCCCCUUCCCUCAACACUGCCCCAUUGCCAUCGAUGGGUUUAGUGGUCGAUGAGUCAUCACCGUCAACUUCUAUUCAGCUAAGAUUGGCGGAUGGUACGCGUAUGGUUUCUCGCUUCAACCACCACCAUACAAUAAGAGACAUCCGUGAUUUUCUCGACGCAUCGAGACCAGGCAGUGCUAGAACUUACCAGCUGCUGACAAUGGGGUUCCCUCCCAAACAACUUGCUGAUCUGGACCAGACUAUAGACCAGGCUGGCAUAGGCAAUUCAGUUGUCAUCCAGAAAUUCUAGCUAUUUGCUUUGGUGCUAACACGUUUUGCGUUAGCCUUCUUUAUAUCGUUGACAAAAACUUGAUUCAUUCCAUGUUAUACAUAUGAUUUGAUUCAGAAGU